UAGUUGAAGAAUGACACAGAGUAAGGGAGGAAGGAAAUCUUAGUGCAGACAAAAGCGUUUUUCUGGCUGGAGUUUGUUUACCACCUCCCGGGGAAACUCUUCACCAAAAACGCUGGGAUUUAUUUAACUUUUCUUUUACUAUUAGACGUUAAUGUGUUGCUCGCUUUGGACCUGUGGAUCCUAUUUGGACUUGCAUUGAUAUUAUUAAGCCGUAUUUAUAUUACAGCCAAGUUGUCAUCGUGUUUUUUUCGGAGCAGCGGUGAUGUCCCACCACUGACAUGCACGAUCCGUCAAGACCACCAAACCGGUCCGAUGGCUCGGCCGCAGUAACGGCAACACGGGGGAGGGGAGGAGAUCCACCACCCGUCGGUGCCGCUGGAGCCUCAGCGCAAACCUCCCGUUCAAACGACUGCGGCGAGGGGAUUGGCCAUACCGAUUUCACCGGAGGAAGAGAGCCACACUCGCCGUCCUGCCGCAGAACCAAAGCCAUCUCCCCUGACAGCCUAGGCGUGUUUCGGAAGAGGUCUAUAUUCCACCUCCCUCGCCGCGCCUCAAGUGGAUAUUACUCCUCUGAGGGCGACUCCCUGCCGAGCUCCCCGCUUUCCCUGAGUCCAGUGACGGCUGACAGAGCUACGCAGACUCCGAGCCCCACCGGCCAGGUGAUGAACCAUGCCCUACAGCGCAUGGCUGGGGCGCAGGACGGAGGACCGACGACGCACCAGCAGCACGGACAAUCUCUGAGCCCCUCUAGCACGCGGCAACGAAACGCAGCAGGGGACAUGCAGGCGGAGGCAAUCGGACGAGAGCUCCGACGCAUUGGAGACGACUUCAAUAGAUUGCUCCUUCUCAGGGGGGUGGCAGGCAGACAUAGACGGGUUGUGAUCCAUCCAAACCCACUGCCACACAUCCACCAGGAGCCCGCCGUGCUGCUUUUCGUGGGCCUUCUGAUCCUCCUGAUUGGACGAAUAAUCUACGUGCAAGGAAGUACAAACAGCCAGGACAACUCUCAGGUUUAGCCUUUGGAAAACCCAGCAGAUGUAGCUAAUAAUGUAUCUGUAUUGAAUCCUUGUUGUUUUUUUGGGACCUGAUUUUUACCAGUGGUGGAAGGAGACUUUGGACUCUUAAUUUCCAUGGAGAUAAUUUGUUGACACCUUUGAGGAGCUGUGAAAUGCCUGGAUUUGUGUUUAUUCACCUCUGCUCCUUCACGGUCUCUGAGCCUUUGCAAUGCCACCAAAGAGCCGGGAGUUUGCACUUCUUUCCAGCGCAGAGGUGGUCAUGUCACCUAAAUAUGCAUCUGUGCAAAAUGACGCCUGUGGAAAUUCAAAUGUGCCUUGUACAGUUUCCUAUUUACUUUUAUAGCUUCUUUUAUGGUUUUUAUUGUACAGAGAUUAUGAAUUCCUAGGGUGAUCAACUCUGCAGACCCAGGGUUGGUUAAUGUGGGACCAGUCUGCAGAUUUCCCUCCCUUUUUUCCCUCUAAUGGUUUCAGGUAGGAAAACAUGAUCUUGUAUUCCUGUCUUGUCACAAUCCAACAUGCAACAGACUGAUUUGUGUGGGAACUAACUGGUCCAAAGUAAUAAUUUUUAUCUAAACUACUGUGUCAUUUAACACUUUGUCACCAUGAGUUACCAUGUCUGCUUAUGUCUACAUAGUAAGUUAAUAAGAACCGACUGUACAGCAGGGUUUCCAGCCACAGAAAUGAAUUUUAUCCUGAUAAUUUGAUUACUAAAUGACACUGGAAUUGACCUAAGACAACAUCAAAUGUCAUGACAGGAUUACUUUUUCAGGGAAAGGUGAGGUGGGUUAUAGAAAUGUUGCAGUUUUCCUCAGCAACAAAACAACUUGUUCUGGGUGGCAGUACAG